CUUAGUAGGCGGUUACCAUCCAUUCACAAACACGUUGUAUUCUGCAGUAAUAAAUGAACAUUUCUGAGUUCGGACUGUUUCUGUUGUUUCCAAACAAUGCUGGUGCCCAUGACUCAACUUUCCUUAAGAAGACCGAUGUAUGGGUUUGGGUUACAUAUGUUGACUCAUGUCACUGUGCAAAGUAGGGCAGAGUCUUGUUGGAACAGCAGUAAGCGUCAACGACGGAAGACCGCUGAUUGUAUAAAAGCUGUACAGUUGCUAAGUUCUACUACUUCGUCGAGGAAGCCUGUCACGUUAACCUCACAAAUUGACAAGUUUGGUGGUGUCACUGUCCAUCUUGGCCAGCAAGACUGUUUGGGGACUUUGGAUGAAUCCAGCUUCUGCGCACUUUUGGAGGACUCGCUCAGGCAAUGGAAGUCAGAAGACCGUAUAGCAGUUUGGCUGCAUGUCCCUAUCCUACAGAGCAAGUUCAUAACUGUUGCAGCUUCUCUGGGCUUUCGCUUUCAUCAUGCUGAGCACGACCUUUCUACUUUGUGUCUUUGGCUUGGGGAAGGCUGUAGCAGACUACCUCUAUAUGCUUCUCAUCAACUAGGAGUAGCAGGAGCUGUACUGAAUGAAAUCACUGGUCAAGUAUUGGUGGUACAAGAUAGGAACAGAACCACAAAUGCAUGGAAGUUUCCAGGGGGCCUUUCCGAUCCUAAUGAAGAUAUUGGAGAUACAGCUGUACGCGAGGUCUUUGAAGAGACUGGGGUAAGGUCACAGUUUCAAUCUGUGUUGAGUUUAAGACAGCAGCAUAACCACCCAGGAGCCUUUGGGAAGUCCGACAUGUACAUCAUAUGCCGUUUAAGUCCACUGUCAUUUAAUAUAAAUUUCUGUCAUAAGGAGUGUCUGAGGUGUGAAUGGAUGGAUCUAGAUUACCUGGCACAGUCUGAGAACACGACUCCAAUCACCAGAAGAAUUGCCAGAUUACUCUUGUAUGGCUACAAUGAAGGAUUUGAUAAAAUUGAUCUGACAGUGAGGGAAUUUCCAGCAGUUUAUACUGGUCUGUUUUAUAAACUGUACCACAGGCCAUUGCCAGACAUACAGUAACCUAAACAUUAAGCAAUAUUCAGUAAUAAAUCACAGAUGUUAACACUUU